AUGCGCGUCACGACAAAUUUCUCCCUCCUCGCCCUCCUCGCCCUCGUCUCCUCCUCAGCGGCGAAAAUGACAACGGUCGGUCUAGAAACAGCAGACGAUAGCCACGCGAUCGUUGUCCCAUUGGAUGACUGCCACGAUAUCGGCCAGGACGAGGUCCACACGGUGCACAUUACGAAGAAGUGUCGCGUUUUCACAGGCCGAAUGUGCACCGGCACCACCGUCGCCCUUCAGCCAGGCCAGCACACGAGCGACGAGGCGCCUGUUCGGGUUGGGAGCGUGUUGUGUGAGGAGCCGGAUUUGUUCUAA